AGACAGGCGGGUUUCACGAGUGACUAUGAACAGAUGAUAGUUUAGAACGCGACUGUGUGUAGAAUCAAGACAGAGCGCAUGUGAUUCAUCAAAUAGAUUCAGCAACCACCAGCACCUUUAGCCAAAGACUCACAACGAGGGGAGUAGCAGUGUAUAAUUAGGUGUAGAAUACAGCGUGAAGAAGGAAAUUAUUUAAAUUCCAUUCCUCCCGCACAAACACACACACACGCUCCCCCUUCGAACCGUGAUUAAACUUAAACCAAAAAAAAAGACUUAACCCGUUUUUGAGAGUGCAUUUUACUGAGGUGUAGUGAAUAAUAGUAAAGCGGCAAAAAUCCCAACUUAAACCUCUACAAACAUAAGCUUAUUCGUGUGGGGCGUGUUCGCUUGAAAAGACAACCGAAUUUCCACGCUCAAUACCACCACCCGACAGUGUUCAACUACGCGCAACACACACUUCAUUCCUUCGAAGUUUGCUUCUCUCGUAUGCCUCGCGUACGUCGAAAGAGGUAGAUCGUCGUCUCAUUCCAAAAAGGGAAAAGGUGGCUACGAUCAGAUUACGUGUUCCGCCUUGAUCAUCCUUACCGCCAGAACCGGUGCAACGUGUGAUAAGGGCACAUUCCAACAGCGAAGUAAUAAUAAAAGUAGUAGCAGUAAGCGCGAUAUUGGUAGUGUAACGAUAAGCGAUUGUAAGGGACCAACACGAAUCCAAUCUCGAACCGACUCGAGACAACACUACCGAAACCAACAGCGAUCAGCAGUACCACCGCCGACACAUACAACCAGCACCAAAAUGGGUGGAUGCGCCUCGAAGGACAAGAAGGACAGUAAGGUGGUUGAGAAUGAAACAGCGGCCGGAACGGGAACCGAUGCCGAUGCGGCCAACGGUGGCGAAGGGUGUGUAUCAAACUCGAUGGUAUUUUUGUCGAGCAGAAACAAAUCAGACACCAUGGUUGACGCAGCUGUACUGGAAAAGAUGGAGGCUGGCUUCGCCAAGCUGGCUGCCUCGGACUCCAAGUCCCUGCUGAAGAAGUACUUGACCAAGGAAGUCUUCGAUGCUCUGAAGAACAAGAAGACCUCCUUCGGCUCGACUCUGCUGGACUGCGUCCAGUCUGGUUUCGAGAACCCCGAUUCCGGCGUCGGCAUCUACGCUCCGGAUGCUGAGUCGUACACCGUGUUCUCCGAUUUGUUCGACCCAAUCAUUGAGGACUACCACAAGGGCUUCAAGAAGACCGACAAGCACCCGGCCCGUGACUUCGGUGAUGUGAACGCCUUUAGCAACGUUGACCCGACCGGCGAGUACGUCGUGUCGACCCGCGUCCGUUGUGGUCGCUCGAUGGAGGGCUACCCGUUCAACCCGUGUCUGACCGAGGCCCAGUACAAGGAGAUGGAGUCGAAGGUGUCCUCCACCCUGUCCGGACUGGAGGGUGAGCUGAAGGGCAAGUUCUACCCGUUGACCGGUAUGGACAAGGCCGUCCAGCAGCAGCUGAUCGACGAUCACUUCCUGUUCAAGGAGGGCGAUCGCUUCCUGCAGGCCGCCAACGCGUGCCGCUUCUGGCCGUCCGGUCGCGGUAUCUACCACAACGACAACAAGACCUUCCUGGUCUGGUGCAACGAGGAGGACCAUCUCCGCAUCAUCUCGAUGCAGAUGGGUGGCGAUCUCGGCCAGGUCUACCGCCGUCUGGUGACCGCUGUCAACGACAUCGAGAAGCGCAUCCCAUUCUCGCACCACGACCGUCUCGGCUUCCUGACCUUCUGCCCGACCAACCUCGGCACCACCAUCCGCGCCUCGGUGCACAUCAAGGUCCCGAAGCUGGCCAAGGACUACGCGAACCUGGAGUCCAUCGCCGACAAGUACAACCUGCAGGUCCGUGGUACGCGCGGUGAGCACUCCGAGGCUGAGGGUGGCAUCUACGACAUCUCGAACAAGCGCCGCAUGGGACUGACCGAGUUCCAGGCCGUCAAGGAGAUGUACGAUGGCAUCACGGAGAUCAUCAAGGCUGAGAAGGCGGCGCAGUAAGGUGUUGGUGCUGUGUACACUGCAAGCAGCCCUUUCCUUACAACACGUUUCUCUUACCGAUUACACGAUGAUACACGACGUUAGCCGAUGGUGAUAUGGAUUGGAUGGAUAUGUGAUUCCAGCCGCAACUGAACUCAAUACCCACUGAACAAACAAAAAAAAAACAUCCACACGCCCGCGUGCGUUCCCCUCGCUUCUCUCCCCUUUUCAACCUUUCCCGUUCGCUCUCGUUAUGCGUUUUCCUC